AUGUCACAAACCGGACCAUUUCAACGUGUCCAAACUGUGUCUGCGCCUUUAAAAGGCUCAUUCCCAUUGGACCAUCAAGGAAUGUGCAAACUGGAAAUGCUUAGGUAUAUGGUGUGUCUGCACGAGAAGAAGCAGCAGAACAGCGAAUGUCGCGAUCAAGCGAAAGAAUACUUCGCAUGUCGGAUGAACAAUGGUCUGAUGGACAAGGAAGAAUGGCAAAAGCUCGGCUACGGCGAUGCAAAUAAUGCAAAAGUGGCAAACGAAAUUGAAAAGACGAGAAAUUGA